UUGAUCUUUCAUCCAAAUAUCCUCGCCUAAAAUGAAAUUUAUGAAUAUUUGAAAAAAAAAAUACUUUUUAUUUUUAAAAAUAAAUACAAAUUAAAGUUAUUUUUGAAUUUUGGGAGUAAUUUGGAGUGGACAAUAAUUUGGCAUUUUUUCAAUUUCUGAAGAUUUUGAAAUUUUAUGGUUACAUGUGUUUUUGGGAGUUCAUUUUCCGACGAGCGAAAAUUCGUGGCCAAACAAGCAUUAAGGUGCUUAUUAGGCUUUCAAGUGACUGAUAUACUCCUAUGAUGGUCAUAAUUACAAGGAUGAUCAAAUUAAAAAUAUAGCUGACAAAUUACAUAUAUAUAAUAUAAUUUUCAAUUGAUGUUCCUAUUUAUAUAUGGAACUGUCCAGUUACGAAGAUAGCCUUCAAUUGAAACUCAAACGUCUUGAUGACUAUUUGUGAAGACUUCCACGUGGACCCUUUAAGGGGUGCUUAAAUCUCUUUAAUAUGAUUCUAAAAUUUAUUUAUGUAGUCCUAUCAUAAUUUUAAUUCGUACGCCAAUUAAGCAACAUUGAUUGGUGUAUACAACUUAGAUGAGUGAUCUUUUGGAUAUGACUUGAGCAUUCUUCAUCAUUUAAACUAGUUUUUGAGGUUAAGUUAAGCCUAAAAUUUAUUUAUGUAAUACUAUAUUAAUUUUAAUUCAAAUACCAAUUAAACUAUAUUGAUUAGUGUAUAUUUAUUCUCUUUAAUCUUGCACUCUCUUGACCUUAAUCAACUAGCAUAUCAAUCUUGACCUUAAUCAACUAGCAUAUCAAAACGAAGAAUAGAAGUGUCGUUUUCAGCUGUUUUUCCCCGUUCAAGAAUAGGUUUUUACGCGUUACUCAUUCGGCUGCUGCUGUAGCCAUGUGGGGGGGUAUGUGGAGGGCCACAAUAGUUACAGAAUGUUGGUGUGUUUUUUGUGGGAAUUUUCUAAAGAUAUCCAAAACAUUUUAAGCCGUUAAAUGGGUCCGUUCCCUCCUUUUACAGUAUGUAUAUAUGCCAAUUUAAGCUAUAGCCAACGGCUACAAUUGCAUUCAGUACGAAUACUGAUGUAAAAAAUAUUAGUACCAUCUUCUCAAGCAACUACUAAUAUGCUGGUUAAAUAGAGCAUAAUUGGUUAGCUACUAAGGGGACGCCUUCACUAAUCUAUUUACCAUUACAUUACAUUAUAUACAAAAGAUUAUUGGCACCAAAUAAUAAAACCAAAAGAACAAAUAAAUACUAAUUUAUACAUGUACACUCACUUGCACUUCUAUCAAUUGGUAAGUACUUGGCCCUUUAUAUGAUAAACAAAAGGCCAAUAUUUUGAAGGGCUCUGAUUUGCAUGCCAAUCAUUCAUUCUGGUAUCUUGGAAAUAUACUAAAGCCUAAAGGAGUGAAGUGAAGCAGAGCAGUUGCAGAGUGGAAAAUGAGCAGCUCAUCAAGAUCAACAUUUGUGCAGAAUGAUAAGUAUAUGCAAACAGAUGAGGGCUCUGAUGACUUUUCAGUUUCGGCAAGAAAACUGGCUGCUACUUUAUGGGAAACUAAACUCAAGGAUUUGGAGGAGAAGAGUCAAGUUGAAAUGGGUUGGAAAGAAAGAGUUUCCAAAUUGGGUUCAGCACCUCUGCAAUUCUCUCAUCCUUUUAAUGCACCAGUUUCUGAGAGAAUGGAACGAUCUAAAGUCAGUAGUCAUAGAAGAAGAAAACUGACGAAGCCUGAUCUAUCUCACCAAAAUGGUUGCUCCAUGGAGGUUGAUAGGACACAAAAUCAUGAAGAGACUCUAAGCAGACAUCAUUUGAAGGAUGUGUGUCAUGGCCUUACCACAUGUAAAGAGCUGCUGCAAGUUCUGAGUCAUGUCUGGAAUAUCAAAGAGCACAAAUCUACAUGUUCAUCCCUUUUCUCAGCUAUAAAUACAGAGCUUGACUGGUUGUGUGAUGAGGUGUCUAAAUUGAUAAACGAACACAGACAUGACGAUAGUGAAGUUGAUAUCCUCUUGAAGAAGUUUGAAGAAGAAAAGAUGGCCUGGAAGACAAAAGAGCAGGACAAGAUUCAUACUGCCAUUAUGUCUGUAGACAGGGAGUUCAAGAUAGAGAAGAAACUGAGGAAGCAAACUGAGAGGUUAAAUAAGAAGCUUGGAAGAGAACUGGCGGAUACAAAGGCAUCUCUUUCGAAGGUAGUCAAAGAACUUGAAGGCGAGAAAAGGGACAGAGAGAUAUUGGAGCAAGUGUGUGAUGAAUUAGCCAGAGGUCUCGGAGAGGAUCGCGCUGAGAUGCAAGAAUUGAAGAGACAAUCUGCUAAAAUCCGGGAAGAGGUAGAAAUGGAACAGAAAAUGCUUCAACUAGCUGAUGUGAUGCGCGAGGAAAGAGUUCAAAUGAAGCUAUCAGAAGCCAAAUAUCAAUUUGAGGAGAAAAAUGCAGCUGUGGAUAAGUUAAGGAAUGGACUUGAAUCAUAUUUUAGAUCCAAGAAGGGCCAAGAAAAAGGCGGUGAUUCACCUAAUCAUGAAACAAUCAAUGAGCUUGAGAGACAUUUGAAAGAAACGCUUCCAAGCACACACCAUUACCGAGAUAACAAGAAUGCAGAUGGAGAAAUACUCACUAAAGGAGAGGAUGGCGAAGAAGGUGAUUCAGCUGAUAGCGAUCUUCAUUCAAUUGAAUUAAACAUUGGUGAUAACAGCAAGAGCCAUCAAUGGUGCACUGCUCUACAGAACGAUCUGAAUAGAUUGUUGGUUUCUGAUAAAAAUACAGGGAGGAGUUCUACCUCAGAGAAAUUCCCAGUGCAAAGAAUUUCCUUAGAAAGGGAAACUUCAGAUGGCAUAGAGUGGGAAUUCCGCUUGGGAGAGAAAGAAAACAUGAACACAAUGGAUAGAGGAAUUUCAAACUUUCUUAACAUCGGAGGAACACCAGACUUCUCUUCUCAAACUUGGAAAAAGGAUCAUUCGGAUGAGACAGAGAGAUAUAAAAUGAUCAAGGAUCUUUGUGACCGUAUCAUUUCUGCUUCAAGAAUAGCAUCCUCUCAAGGCUUUUCAGGUCCAACCAAGAACUUUAGCCAACAGAAAUUGUCUGCCACUGAUCCUAACAAAGUGAUGGUGAGGGCUUUGCCAUCUUGCAGGGAGAAACUUGAAAGAAUACCAGAGAUUAUUGACCUGUCUUGCAGGGAGCUACUCGAAUGAACGCCAGAAUGCCAAUUUCAAGAAUCCAUCAUAAACAGCAUGCUUCUACAAGCUGAUGCACUCUUUACAUAAUAAGACGGACAUAAUUAUGUUGUUCUUUGUCUGAAUAAAUAGCUAAUUAUCUGAAAAUUCAGGGAUGUCAACAGAAUUCUGAGAAAACAGUACAAAACUUUUCUAGUGUUCUCUAAGAAAUGAAUAAACAUUUGCUCUAUUCAGUAGUACUAUAUAUUACUCUUCAGAUUCUUCA